CCUCCCGUCGACUCCGGGACGCUGACAGCAGCAGCCGGUUGCUGUCUCUCGCUUCGUUUGCUCGCUCACUCUCGCUCUCCCUCAAACUCGACCGCCAAGCUUCGACUGGUCAGACGAGAGAUGGCGCCAGUCAUCGUGCACAUCCACAUUCCAAAGAUGGCUGGCUCGACAAUCAUGAGGGCCUUCCCGCGAUGGGCGGGCAUCUCAUACUGUCCGUGGCAAUCGGUGAGAUGGCCUUUGCAUCCGACGUACGGCAACGAAACCUACUUUUACGAGCUGCUCACUCGGAACUGUGCUGCUGGUGCGGCGCCCGCGUGCUUCUCCAGCUACGAGGGCGCUUGGGACGACGCUCUCGCGGCCUGCAGGUGGCAGCCCGACGCGCGGCCAAUCAUGCUCACGCUGCUGCGGAGCCCGAUGGCUUGGCUCUACUCGGCGAUGAGGUGGUCCGGGCGCACGCCGGAGAAGCUCGCGAGGGCGGGGAGCUGGAGGACGGCCGACGGCUACGGCUUCGACCGGCCGCUGUGCGCGCUGAGCGGACGGGCGUGGUGCAGCCACCCCGGCUUGGUCGACCCGGGCCGCUCUCGCGCCGAGCUGGUGGAGCACAUCCUGCGCAAUCUCGCGCAGCGGGACACGGCGUGGGGCCUGGCCGAGCAGCUGCCCGCCUCGUUGCUGCUCAUCCUGCGCCAGGUCGGCCUCCGGGAGAGAGCGAAGGUGUACUGCGGCUCCUCGGCGGCGGCGGCGGCGGCGGCGGGCACGAGGCACAAGAGGUACGACGGCAACAUCUCCUACCACGUCAGCUACGGCGCGCUGCAAUGGCUCGUCGCCCGCAUGCAGACGUAUCAGGAGGUGUUCUCGCGGGCGGCGGCCCUUUUCCACACGCGAGCGCACGCGGCAACGAUGGACGUCUGUGGGAGCGGCGGGUUGCGCUAGCCGUGUGUCACAGGCGUGCGUACAGCAACAGCCAACAGUGCGCCGAACACAUCGAAAUGAACUAUAUAUGGACAUUCCAAGACUGUUGUUCAUC